AUGCAACUAAAAAUAUCUGCAAAUUUCGUUGAGCUCUAUCUAAAUUAGACUCCUUGUGGAAUUGGACCCUUAGCUGCUUUACUUUUUGGUGUCAAGAUGUUCCAAGAGAGUAUAUUAUACGUACCAACUGUUGAUGGAUAACAGACAUCAAAAUAAAAUCCACCGAAUUAUCGUUCUCCAGCUGCCAGAAACCUAAAAUUUUCGCCAAUAUCCAUAAAACAUGAUAGUAUUGAAUUGAAAGGGUGGUUCAUAUAAUAGGAAUAAUCAGCUCAGGCCCCUACAUUGAUAUUUUUCCAUGAGAAUGCUGGAAAUCUUGGAUAUCGCUUAGACUAUUUUGAGAAAUAUUACUAUAACUUAAAAUGUAAUAUCGUUGCUGUAGCAUAUCGAGGAUACGACGAAAGUUCAGGUAAUCCAAAUCAAAUAGGGAUUCAAAAGGAUGCUAUUGCUAUUGUGAGAUACGUUUUCACAAAUUUAGAAAUAGACAAAAAUAAUGUUUUUAUACAUGGAAGGAGUCUUGGUGGAGCAGUUUCCAUUUAUGCAGCCAACUAUUUUUAGGAUUCUAAGAAAGAGAAAAUAAGAGCCAUCAUCUUAGAGAAUACUUUCACUUCAAUUAAUGAUGUUGUCAAUGAUUUAGUUCCUAAUCUACCAAUUUCACAUCUCCUAUUUUCAAAGAAUCAAUGGAGAAGUUGUGAUACCAUUAAAAACAUCAAAUUGCCCAUUCUAUUUAUAUCAUCUGGUUAGGACGAAUUAGUUUCCUACAAUCACAUGAAAAGGCUAAUUGAAUUAUCUGAAAAUUCUGAGUUGAAGCGAGAAUAUCAUAUAGCUGAUGGGGAUCACAAUGGAAAUUGGAUGAAGGAUGAGGGAGCAUAUUUCUAAAAUAUUUAAUCAUUCUUUCAAAGCAUAACAAAUUGA